UUAAGAAGAGAGGGCUACUUAACUGUUAGCUACUUAACGACUACGUAAAGAUGCAAUUGGCUCUAACGAAAACAUUUGGUCAGAAGCCAGUUAAGUUUCAAUUGGAACAAGAUGGGGACUUUUACAUGGUUGGGUCGGAGGUUGGAAACUAUUUGCGUAUGUUCAGAGGUUCUUUGUAUAAAAGAUACCCAUCUUUAUGGAGGAGGCUGGCCUCAGUGGAGGAGAGGAAAAAAAUUGUAGCAUCAUCACAUGCCACUAGUGUUACUCUACUGAAGGCAUCUGAAUGUGAAGAGAUCUUUGAGGGAAAUGACGAGAAAUACAAGGCACUGUCCAUCAGCACGGAGCCUCCAGCUUACCUCAGGGAGCAGAAAGCAAAAAGAAGCAGUCAGUGGGUCCCCACAUUGCCCAACAGCUCUCACCAUCUAGAUGCUGUGCCUUGCUCAACCACCAUCAACCGAAACAGAAUUGGACGUGACAAGAAGAGGACCUUUCCCCUGUGUUUUGACGACCAUGACCCUGCAGUUAUCCAUGAGAAUGCGGCCCAGGUAGAGGCUCUGGUUCCAAUUCGUCUGGACAUGGAGAUAGAAGGACAGAAACUACGAGAUGCCUUCACGUGGAACAUGAAUGAGAAACUGAUGACCCCAGAGAUGUUUGCAGAGAUUUUGUGUGAUGACCUAGACCUGAAUCCUCUGGCCUUUGUCCCUGCCAUUGCCUCAGCCAUUCGCCAGCAGAUUGAGUCCUACCCAGCUGACAGCGUACUAGAGGAGCAGGCUGACCAGAGAAUCAUCAUUAAGCUGAACAUCCAUGUUGGAAACAUCUCUUUAGUGGACCAGUUUGAGUGGGACAUGUCAGAGAGGGAGAAUUCCCCAGAGUCGUUUGCACUGAAACUAUGCUCUGAGCUGGGUUUGGGCGGAGAGUUUGUCACCACUAUCGCCUACAGCAUUCGAGGUCAACUCAGCUGGCACCAGAGGACAUAUGCCUUCAGUGAGAAUCCACUCCCCACUGUGGAGAUUGCCAUCCGCAACACAGGUGAUGCAGACCAGUGGUGCCCCCUGCUGGAGACACUCACAGAUGCUGAAAUGGAGAAGAAGAUCCGAGACCAAGACAGGAACACAAGGCGUAUGAGAAGACUGGCCAACACUGCUCCAUCCUGGUAGAAAGAGACGUGAAGCAACAGUAGCUGACACUCUAUUGUCUCUUUUUAUUGUCAAUCGAUCAAGUUUAACACACUCACUAAUAUUGAUUAAGUAUAUGGAUAUUCAUGUUAGCAUGAACACAGACAUGUUCAGUCUCCAUGGGCGUUUCCAUUGACUGAGCACAACACACACAUCCAUGCAUUCCACUAUUCCAAUAUAAUGGCAGUGACCACAAAUAUAUCAAUAUAUAGGAAACACAGAGAAUUGUAAAAAAACUUGAGUAAUAAUGGGUUUAUUGUGAAACUAGCCUUUCAGAGGAAGUCAGCCUACUAGGUGUCUUUUAGUGUGGCACUGGACACAGUUGCAUUUACACAGCUAAAAGAAGGUGACUAUAUCCGUCCCAGACUAACAGCAAAUGUGGUCAGAGUGAUUGGAUCUUAUAUUCGUCCCUUACAUGUCUUCGGCCAUUUCACUUGUAAUUUGAGCUGUCCAUUUAUGACAUCACUCAGGAAGAACAGGUCGCAGUGACAACAGGGCCACUUCUUAAAUCACAUAAAACAUCCUACAUAUAGGCUUUAAUACAUUUUAUGAACCACAUCUGUGAUUAAGCUUCUUCUUCACACUGAUGCUGAUUACCUGACUGAAAUGAGACACCUGUGGCUCUGAUUUGCAAGGCAGUUAAUCAGAGAGCUGGUUUGUUUUUAGCAUGGAGACUGUGUUCUGACCUUGGUUAGUGGUUAUGAUCAGUCAUGUGUGUCAGUGUCCACCUGCAUGCAAAAACAUAGGUAGCUUGUACACGGCACUGUACCUCAUAUUACAUCACUGUCUGUGAUUUGAGUCUUAAUAUUACAGUGAGCUUGGUAUUUUGUUAAGUAGAGAGCAUAUUUUUAAGAACAUCUCUGAAAUUGUAUGUAUAUGAUGUAUUAAUGCUUUUUGUUUUCUUUUUUUGUAAAAUUGCUUACCUUUAUAAUGGACUCAAUUUGUUUGAAAAUAAAGACCAUUUGUUGGGAAAUA